GGCAAUGGUCCGGAUUACGGGCUUUUAUGGCAUCAAAGGGAUUCGGACUCACACAAUUUCACCUUAAAAGACGAAUGCAUUCACCUUCUCAUGACAUAUAAUGCUUGUGUAUCAAAACGGUGUACUACUCUCGAUAUCAGUGCAGGCCAUGAUGGGUUAGCGCUGUAUACUUAACAUGAGAAGCUUUCGCGAAUAACCAGUUUAUAUUUACGGUGACGUAGUUGAUGUUAUCCCUAAACCAGACACUGCCCUAGGCAGCAACUUAACAUUGCUAAAGGACCUCUUUAUUGACACUAUGUACUAUGAACACCAGUGUCAUUAUAACACCCGUUCAUUUCUUUUAUUUCUGCCCACAGGAAGUCUGGAACAGAUGGCUGACGUUUAACUGGUGAUCAAGAAACUAUUUACCUGCCCAAUCAACGUUUACUGACCUGCUAAUUUUAGCGCUGCAUAAUUCCCAAUCCAGCUGAUGGCUGCAACCUGUGCGGCGGGGCCUUCCUUCCACAGUUAAAACGUUGAUGAGCCAUUAAUUUAUUACAUUCUCGCUAAUGGUGUAACACUGGAGAGAUUUGUUACAAAUAGCCUGACCUUGUUUACACUAAAAUUACCUUGCCAAUCGAUGAUAUUUGUCUGGUUACGGGCUGAUACUCAUCAACUAUAGUGCCAGGAUCCUCAAGCCCCGAGGAGAGCUACAGUUAUAGAAGUGUGUGCACAGCAUCGCUUAAGAAGCCAGACGCGCACUUAUUCAUACGUGUUGAGAACAAAGCCCCAGUCUCCGUGUCACGUUAUCCUCAUCCUACAACAAGAUUGUGUGGUUGCUGCAACAAACCUUGUAAGACUUGACGCAUCUCAGAGUCUGACAUCAUGAUGGCCAAUUAUAAAACUAUAGCAUUCCUCAAUUUCUAUUUCAUCAUUGUGACUAUGGAUCUCCAGACACUAGGGAGCCUUCAAUACAGCAAUGGCCUUCGGAAUCUGACAAUCCUUGGACUUUUUCCGCUCACGGGAGGAUGGGGAGGGGGAGAAAGCGCUUUGACGGCUGCUGAGAUGGCUCUUGAUCAUAUCAAUGCAAGGACGGAUAUCCUACCUAAUUAUAACCUCAUAAUGGAAUGGAAGAAUACUAAGUGCAACCCAGGAUUGGGAAUCAAUGAGAUGUACAGGCUUCUGUAUGAUCCCCCGACGAAAAUCGCCAUCCUUGGAGACGGUUGUUCCUCCGUCAGCGAAGCAACAGCGCAGGCGUCGUUUUUAUGGAACAUCACGCAGAUUUCCUAUCUGUCCAACUCCCCUCUGCUGUCCAACAAGCAGCUAUACCCGUACUUCUUCCGUCUGUCAGUGCCCGAGGAAUCCAUCAAUCCAGCUAGAAUAGCAUUCAUUAAGAAGAUGGGAUGGAAGAAAAUUGCAACCAUACAUCAAUCAUACAAAAUAUUUUCAUCUCUUGUCGAUGAUCUGGCUGUUCGGAUGGACAAGGAAAAUAUACACAUGCUUACUAUGGAAGUCUUCAAUGAAGAUCCGGCAAGGAAAAUAGAAAACCUAAAGAAACAUGAUGCAAGAAUAAUAUUUGCUAGCUUUUACGAAGAAACGAUUUUCAACGUCUUUUGUGAGAUAUACAAGCAAGGGUUAUAUGGGCCGAAAUACGUGUGGUUUAUUUUGGGCUGGUUCGAUGACAGAUGGUGGGAGAAGGCCUACGAUACUUCCGGAUGUAGCAAGCAGCAAUUACUUAAGGCCAUCAAUGGUCACUUCCGAGUUGGGGAGACGUUCAUUCUACGCUCAAAAGCCACGGAUGCAGCUCAGAUUAGCGGUUUUGACUUUCUCGAAUCAUUUCGGAUACGCAACGCCAAUCGGUCGGACCAUGGUCAGAAGACAGCCGCCCAGGCGUAUGACUCGGUCUGGGCUCUCGCUCUGGCAUUAGACAUGGCAGAAAAGAGACUCGUGCAAAGGGGGGACAGCCUUGGCUCCUUCAACUACGAUAACUGGCUCACUGGUCGAACCAUCUACGAAAGCUUUAGGAAUCUUUCAUUUGGCGGCCUGAAAGGAAAGAUCCGUUUUGAUGAGAGUGGGGACUUGGUCACGCUGUUGAAAGUUGAUCAAAUGAUAGACGGAGUUAUGCACAUGACAGCUGUCUACUACCCUGACAGAGACAAGAUGAUGAUCAUUGAGAAGCCCUACUUUGGACAUAAAGGUAGAUACUUCCCCCGAGAUAGCACGCUGCUCAUCCUCUCGCCUGAGUUCAUCAGUAUGGACCUCUACAUCUCCCUGUCCGUCCUCGCCUCAGCCGGCAUCGUCCUCGUCAUCUGCUGCCUCAUCUUUAACAUCAGACAUCGAGAAGCCAGGAUAGUGAAGCUGUCGUCUCCAAAUAUCAACACCCUCAUCCUGUUCGGAUGUAUCCUCAUCUAUAGCUCUGUCUUCUUCCAGGAGACGGAGCAAGGUUUAAACCUUGUUUUCUGCCAUAUGAGGUACAUAGUGAUUGCCAUUGGAUUCUCUCUUGCAUUUGGAGCUCUGUUCGCAAAGACGUGGAGAGUUCACAUUAUAUUUAGAAGAAUAAAACCAGGUCAAACGGUUGCCGACAAGACUCUGUUUGCUCAAAUCACCGUCCUAGUGCUGAUCAAUGUGAUUGUUCUGAUCACGUGGUUCAACAUAGACCCCCUGCAGGUCGUGACACACAACACGUCUCAAGCACUGAACGAGGCGGAGGACAUACUGCUGCAGCACCAGGUGGACGUGUGUGUCUCCGACUAUCACCAGUACUUCAGUGCAGCCCUGUACAUCAUACACGGCGUCAUGCUCCUCAUCGGAACGUUCCUGGCUUGGGAAACUAGGAAAGUUCAGAUCGAGGACCUGAACGACUCCCGCUACAUCGGCCAGUGCAUCUACAAUACAUUCGUCUUCAGUAUCAUAUCAUUGGUUUUCUCGUUUGUGCUCGAAAACCAGGUACAAGUCCUCUAUGCCCUCCAUUCUGGCUUCAUACUCUUUGGUACAACGAUGAACAUCAUUUUAUUGUUUGUUCCAAAGAUAAUCCGUUAUAAGAAAGCUCAGUUGGAGUUGGACGGCUCCAGUGAUCGCAUGAACUGCACCUACACGCACAGACGGGCCAGCCAGCCUCACAUCCACGUCCAUGCUCUGGAGGGCAAGAUUGGCAGACUAGAAACAUUAUUAAAAGCGCACGAAGAGACCAUAAAAGACCUGCGGGAUGAGUUGAAGAUUCACGAGAACCGAGCCAUCUCGGAUAUUCACCUUGACACGCUUAGUUCAGAAAUACCUGACAGGGACUCAAGAUCAUUUUCUUGACAGAUGUAGUUAGAAUAGGACUAUUUUCGAUCUCAGCGUCGUAAGAGAAGGUGGUUUGGGCCAAGCAGUGGCCCAACAAUACUGGACAUUUAACUGAAAAUUCAAAAAUUAUACCAAAUCUGCAGAAAUAGGUUUCACCACUUGUUUUCCAACUGAAAUGGUGAUUUUGGUCUAUUGGUGGUAUUGUAAGUCUAGACAGUCUCAACAAAUGCCUGUGUGCCAUUUGAACGCUGUCGGGUUUUUUUAUUUAUUUAAAUACCUUCAUUAUUUAAAUGUUACUUGAAUUAC